ACUGCGUAUCGGGUAGGAUUUGAUCGAGACAAUCCGCUCUUCGGAAGAUGAUUUCGUACUGUCCGAUCUGUGGGAAACCCGUCUAUUUUGCCGAGAGGAAGCGCUCCCUGGGUAAAGACUACCAUCCCCUGUGUCUGAAGUGUUACCGGUGCAAACGCCAGCUCAACCCAGGCCAGCACGCAGAGUACGAUGAGAAACCGUACUGCAAUCGCUGCUACCUCCAGCACUUUGGACAAAGAGGAAGACAACCAGCAACUCGAGCAUCUCUUGGAGCAACUGGAUCCAGUGUUGCCGUUGAGGACCAGAGGAGCACUUAGACCUUGUGAAGAAUCUCACCUCACUCAGCGAUGAACAAAAUCACCUUAGCAGAAAAGAGCUGCUUUACACUCGAAACGGUUACCACGCCUCAAUGCAUAAAAACAACUCCGAGAGCCUUGGCAAACGAAUACUUAGGGGCCGUACGCCAUUACUGCACAGAUAAGCAGAACACCUCGAACUUUAGCGCUCACAGCUCCUGUACUUUUAGAAAUCAUGUUUCUUGACAGUUUUAAUUUAUAAUAUUUUUUUUUUGCCACCCGCUUCCCAUUUCUGGCACAAUUCGGUUCGCAAACAGCAGUAUAAAGAUACGAUUAGCUUCUGGCACAUUCUUCCCCUCUCGGUGUAGCCUAUAAAACCCGAAUGUGGGAGGAAGCCAGCUGCUAGAUUGAUGGUGUGUUUGUAAAGCAUAAUUUCCUAAUGCUUUCCUCAGUGUAAACGCUCAUGUUCCACAAGACUCCGGUAUGUUGCCAGAGGCUCGAGCAAGAUUAGAGCAGCUACAGAUGCACAAUUGUUUUUAAGUCACGCUUGCAACUGCUUAUAUGGCCCUACUUGCUGAUGGCUUGACAGGCCUGUGCUUUGCUGUCCUGUACAGUCAGGUGGAGAGAACCCAGUGACUUCCUCCUUUCGCCAGUUUCUCUACCUUCACCUUUUAGGAGCGUCGUUACCCUCCAGGGACCCGAAAUUUCUCUUGCUCCCUUAGCUCGAAUUUGCCAGUUUUCUGCAGUCCUGUAAACAAGGGGCUAUAGUUUUCCAAACCGAGGUUGAAUUUUAGAAUUUUCCACAAUUCCACUGCGAUCUUAAUUUUCGGGACAAAAAACGAUGUCAAGGCAAAGACUGGGUGAAAUUUCAGAAGCUCUGCCCGUAACUGCGUGAAAGUUUAAUGCACGUUCCUCAACGGAAGGUCAGUGUUAAUUCAGGGCACUGCAAUUUAGUGACAUAUACUGAACCUGAUUGGAACUGUAGUGAAAUUACUCAUUGCGCUGACCAGUCAGAGGUCUGGCACGUGCUCUGCUCGUUAAUACUAGGAAAUCCCAUUACAAGAGAAGAACAAAAGGUUUGGGAGUGUGAGGGAGUCUCAGUCUAUGUUUGACCUAUUGAGCAGCGCUACUUGUGCAAAGCUCAGCAAUUUCACAGUUUGCAGCCAGUGUAAAUAUCCCAACUGUAGCCAACAGCGCUGAGUGGUGCUGUGGAAGGAUCUGGUUCCUUCCUUGAUCACUGGCUCCUGGAGUCAGUUAAAUGCUCUGGGACGCGGUAUACUUUGCAUGAGGGGCGUUAUAUAAAUGCAAGUCGUUGUUUUGCUACAGUUCCAGUGCUGUGGUUCGUGUCAAAGAAUUGCUUCAUUUCCUGCAGUGUAGCUGUGUGAUUCCACAACACUUUAUUACUGUCCACCUCUCCGCAACACUUUCAAUUGCGCUGGAGAAAACCCCCCACAAUUUUGCCUUUCCGAGCAUAUGCACCUUAGCCGGCUGUUGAAUAAAUUACAAAAUGCUUUUUCUUUCAAAGUUUUUGGGGCCCAGUCCUUGAAGAGCCCAAAGAAACAUAGGAACAGGAGUAGGCCAUUCAGCCCCUUCGAGCCUGUUGCGCCAUUCUAUAAGAUCAUGGCUGAUCUGUACCUCAACUCCAAUUACCCACCCCUGCGGAGUUUCAAUGCGAUUUUUCACCGUAUAUGCACCAUAAACGUGGAAAUGUUGGUGUAUUCGGGAAUAGACGAGCUGCUGCCUGUCUGCCACACGUUGCUCUGAGUCGAUAGACGGGGCAACACAAUCCACUUAUUUCUAAAAUGUUUUAACAAAAAAGGAAAGAAAUUCAGGCCAUCGAGAAAUAUUUUUCAUGCAAGUCGAUUUAGCAAAGGUAACGUUUGUCUCUGAUUAUUCACAGCAAUAAAAGUAACAUCAUUUGUCUA